AUGGGAGUCAAUGAAGCUUUGGCCAUCAUCCAGAAGAUGGGAAGUCUGGACCAUGCGGAGCUCAGCUUCCACGAGUCCUGUCCUUUCGAUGCAGACCUGACCGUGCGCUUGCCAUCCUGGGGGAUCCAGCUGUGCUUUGAUGCUUACCAGCAGGACCUCCGGGUCAUCACCGUGCGCCUGCAGGGCGACGCGACGGAGGCCAAAAGCGGGAGGCCAGGAGCCGCCGGGGCCGCCGCCGGGGCCAGCGGCCCGGAAGUUCCGGAGGGGAGCCUGCUUCCCAGCCUGGUCUACGGCGGCCGCGAGUUUGCGGCCGCGGGGCUGGCGCCAAGCCUCCGCGAGAUCUACCAGAUGUUCGGCCCCACGUGGAUCGGUGACUUCAGACAGCAGCCUGAACCCCUCUACCUGCUUCAGUAUCCUGGACUGGCCUUUGAAUUUCCACUGCCCCAGGAUCUCUUCGAAGCUUUGGCAGCCUCCAACUUAGCCACUGCGGAGUGA